CCGGAACAAUUGUGCAGGGAAACUCCACCGCGGGACUCCGGACACAUUUGCCGGUGAACACCAGCAGUUUCCGGUAAACUUGUUUUGAAAAUUUUGAAAGCUGGAGCGAGACGCUGGCAGACAUGUCCACGCUGUUCCCUUCGCUCUUCCCCCGCAUUACGGAGUCGCUGUGGUUCAACCUCGAUCGACCCUGCGUGGACGAGACGGAGCUGCACCAGCAGGAGCAGCAGCACCAGACCUGGCUGCAGAGCAUCGCCGAGAAAGACAACAACCUGAUGCCCAUCGGGAAACCUAUUUUUGAGGCGGGAUACGAUGAAGAGGAAGAGGAGGACGACGAGGACGAGGAGGACAGCGAGGAGGACUCGGAAGAUGAAGAAGACAUGCAGGACAUGGAUGAGAUGAAUGACUACAACGAGUCACCCGAUGACGGCGAGAUCAAUGAGGUGGACAUGGAGGGAGCAGACCAAGACCAAGACCAAUGGAUGAUUUAAGACAAAUGACCGGAUUUCUACUCUCCACUUAAAACAUGACUGCCGACCCUUUUGUCUGUGACACAGAUAUAUCUGUGUUUUAUUUGUGGAAGCAGGAUAAUAGUAUAGUUAAAUCAAAGCUUAUAUCCCGAUGUUCUUCAAAGGGAGUGAAUCCAGCACAAAGUGUCCUGUUUUCAAGCUGCAGGCGGCCCCUGAAGGCCCCGGACGUUGUUGGACAUCACUGUGAGUGCUUCUACCUGGCACAUACGACCACACACACACUUUCACACAGAAAGCCCUGCGGUUUUGUAACCAGUCAAACACCCACCUACACAGUGGUGGCAGUAGGCAUCGGCCUAGUUGUUUUCUAAAUUGAACUUUGACCUCCAGCUGCGUGCCACUUCUCUCAGAGAACCUUCAAAAAGCUGACUGAGCUCGAGCAGCAGUUUAAAUAGCGAAAUAAUUUGUUACCUCUGACUGAUCGAUACUAAGCUGUACGGUUCUGUUUCGUAGUGUUGUGUAUGCUGCCAAUCUUUAUUUACUCAUAUCAUACUCCCAGCUGAACCUUCAUAAAUGCUUAUGAAGUGGUAAUAUGAUCUGACAAUUCAUCAGUUGGUCUUUUUUGUUUUAACUUUGUCAAAAAAACAAGCCGCCGUUACUUUUGAAGAAUGUCAAUUGAAAUAUCGGGACACUCUUAGUGUGCAUACAAAUACUCUCCUGAUGAUCUGAACGCAUUGCUUGCAGAGAUUUUGGGUUUUAGUGCUGAAAUGAACAACAUGAAUGAAAAGCCUUGACAUUUUUUCUACUAAAUUAAAUGUUUUUUAUGAAAA